GCAUUAAGCAGGUGAAACACGCAAUGGUUCUGCUCUUUGAGCUGAAAUUCUUUGGUUUGUGGAUGCUUUGGUGGUGCUGUUUGGUCAAAGGAUCUAGAGGAUGUCAAAUGCAGUAUGUUGGCAGAAGCAACGUAACCACUGAGCUGCAGUCUGAUGUUCUGCUGCCAUGUAACUUUAAACCAACCCUCCUCGGAUCAAACAAGACUGCAGAUAUAGCAGCAGUGUGGAGUCAGAGGAACAUAACAGCGGAUAAUCUAGUGGAGAUCAAGCUGCAGGGUGAAGUAGACUUCUGGAAUAACAGAGGUGGACGUAUUAAGACGUUCCCCAAACUCUCAGAAUCUGGAAACUUCUCCAUCCUCCUCCGUAAUGUACAGCAGUCUGAUCUGGGUCUCUACCACUGUGAGCUUCAUGAGGGAAUCAACUGCAGCAUCGCCUAUCAGGAGGUGCAGCUUGGUCUUGCUGCUGUUUCUGAAUACCAGAAAGCCAUCAUAGCAGGAACAUCAGGAGGAGCAGUAGUACUACUACUGUUCACAGCAUGUGUUUACUACAUAGCGAGUAAACCGGAAAGGGACCACCACAGGACCACUAGAGCCUAUUCUCAGCAUACCAGUGACGUGGCAUGGCAGCGUGUGUAG